AUUCAUAAACCCUAAUCCCUGCAGCGAUGUUGGUCUUUGUCAUCCCUGACUUGAGCACUAGAUUUGCUAGCCAGUGUGAACAUUUGUUCCCGUUUCAGCAGUGUCCUUGAAUUUCCCAAUCUUUGUUGAUCCAGUUCUGAAUUUCCUUGACAACAUUGGAGUCCCUACUACGAUUGGGUUACGUUCCUCUCUUUCUUCUUGCUGAUAAUUUUGUACAGCAAUUCAGGUCUUACAAUCCUCGAUUUGAUCCUAUGAAGGGAGGACACUUGAAGAUGAAAAGAUUGAAAAACAUGGUAGAGUUGGAUCAAAAUAGCGAGAUUAGAGUUGGAGAUGUGACUUGGCUUUGCUCCCUUUCAGAGUUCGAGAUUGAUAUGCUGAUUAGCUUGAAACUGCUGAUCAUUCAGCGUGCAAAAAUGAUAGGCUGUGAUGAACUGGCUAAUAAAUUCGACCUUAAGAUGAUUCGAGCCAUAGCACUUGUUUUGAUGGAACAUCUGAAAACACAGUUAAAAGAUUCAUCACUUAUCCCAGAUACAGUCAAAUCUACUGAUUUUUUAGAUGCUUGCAACUUAUUAAAAUGCAAUAAUGACGUUGCUGCAACUAUGGAAGAGCUAAGUACAAAUGUUGGUGUUGAUAUACAAACAUUUCUGAGAAGUCCACCAACUUCCAAACGAAAGAAGCAGAAAGUUGGAAGCAGAGAAUAAAAGGUUGAGCUGAUCUUGGAGUACCUGAAAUUUCUAGCUUAUCCUUAUGACAAGGCCUCAAUAUUUUCUGUAGAAGCUCUGAUUUUAAGUGACCUCCUCAUUGGCAAAUACACAGUAGUAUAGGUUGUUUAUAGUUUUUGGUUUUUGACAAUUUUAUUUUGCUAUUUGCAUAGCAGAGAAACAGCUGGAGCAAAUUUGCAAGUUAAAUUUAGAAAAUUGUUGCUAAAAUGUGUAGCAAAUGCGUAAGCCAAUGCAAAUUUUGGAGGUAAUGAGAUGUGGGAGCUGACUUUUGUACGUGUAAAGAACCAAUUCAACCCAAAAGCUUAAGCUUAUGGAUGAGGCUAUAUUAAUGGCUUUAUAUAUAUUUCUAACACGUUCCCUCACACGAGAGUCCAUUGGGCUUGAAGGGUGAGUAAUGCACAGGUCAACUUACCUACUUGUGCUAAGAAAAUUCACAAGAGAAAGUGGGGGUUGGUGAGAAUCGAACUCGAGAUACCGAGGCUCUGAUAAUAUGUAAAGAACAAAUUCAAUCCAAAAGUUUAAGCUUAUGGAUGAAAUUAUAUUAAUGGUUUUAUAUAUCUCUAGCAGU